AUGGCCGGGCCGUUGCACCAGAACCCCCCCCAGCCCCCGCCGCUCUUCACCGACACCGCGCAGUCGGUCCUCGACACGGUGGAACGCAACAACGCCGUCACGAAGGAGGUGUGGGACAAGGUGGUGGCCGAGGUGAAGCCCGAAGACGCCGUCUUCGCCAACGUCCUGGAGCCGAGCCUGGCGAGCGCGAACCGGCUCGCGGUCAGCAACCACGUCGCCACGUUUUACCAGCACGUCUCGGCGAGCAAGGAGCUCAGGGAAGCCUCCACCAAGGCGCAGGAGACGGCGAGCGCGUUCGGCAUCGAGGUCAAGAUGCGCGAGGAUGUGUUCCGGCUCGUCAACGCCUCCUACGCGUCCCGGGAGUCCCAGGGCCUGGACGGCGAGUCGCUGCAUCUCCUGCAAAAGGAGCGCCAGUCGUACAUCCGCAACGGGCUCUUGCUGCCCGCGGGCGCGCAAAGGGACCGCUUCAAGGAGAUACAGAAGCGCCUCAGCACGCUCUGCAUCCAAAGCCAGAAGAACCUCAACGACGAGGUCGGCGGCGUCUGGUUCACGCCCGAGCAGCUGGAAGGCGUCCCCGCAGAAGACCUGGACAUUGGGCAGCUCGACAAGGGCGCCGGCGAGAACGAGGGAAAGGUCAAGGUCACCUUCAAGUAUACCCACUACUUCCCCCUGGUCAAGUACGCUGUCCGCGAGGACACGCGGCGCGCCUACACCAUUGCCGAGUCCAACAAGGUCAACGAGAACGUCCCCCUGUUCCGCGAAAUCGUCGCCCUCCGUGACGAGGCCGCCCGCCUGCUCGGGUAUGCCGACCACGCCAGCCUGGUCAUUUCCGACAAGAUGGCCAAGUCCACAGGCCGGGUGAUGGACUUUCUCGGCGACCUCCGCAACCGACUGGCGCCCGGAGGCGCCCAGGAGGCCGGCCGUCUUCUCGAAUACAAGAAGAAGGACUGCGAGGCUCGGGGCGCUCCCUUCGACGGCAACCUGUACAUGUGGGACGUCCCGUUUUACUCGAGAAUCGUCAAGGAGAAGGAGUACAGCGUUGACGAGGCCGACAUCUCGCAGUACUUCCCCGUCCAAUCCACGUACCAGGGCAUGAUCAAGAUUUUCGAGCAGAUAUUCGGCUUCGUGUUCGUCGAGCUGGGAAGCCAAGACCGCGCUCGGCUCAGCCCUACCGGAAAGCCCGAGGACCUUACCUGGCACGAGGACGUCAUCCUCUACUCCGUCUGGAACGACGAGGCAGCCGGGGGCGAUUUCGUCGGUUACUUCUACCUCGACCUGCACCCGCGGGAUAACAAGUACGGCCACAACGCCAACUUCAACGUGGAGCCCGGCUACGUCAAGGAAGACGGCACCCGCAACUACCCUGCCACAGCUCUGGUCUGCAACUUUAGCAAGCCGAGCGCGACAAAGCCGGCCCUUUUGAAGCACCACGAGGUGGUCACGCUUUUCCACGAGAUUGGCCACGGCAUCCACGAUCUCGCCGCCGUUACGCGGUACAGCUACUUCCACGGGACCAACGUUGCCGGCGAUUUCGUCGAGGCCCCGAGCCAGAUGCUGGAGAACUGGUGCUGGACGCCAAGCGUCCUCAAAUCCUUGUCGCGACGCUGGGACACUGGUGACAAGAUCCCCGACGACAUGAUUGAGAACCUCGUCAAGACCAAGAACUUCAACUCGGCCACCUCCAACCUCUCCCAGCUUCUCUACGGCCUCUUCGACAUGAUUAUCCACACGCCCAAGACUCACGACGAGGCCAAGAACAUGCCCAUUGCGAGGGUGUGGAACGAGCUGCGUCGCGAUAUCACGGGCAUCAAGGGCCCUGAGGAGCAGGGACAGGGAUAUGAGUGGGGUAACCGCUUCGCGACUAUCGGCCACUAUACCGGGGGCUACGAUGCCGGUUACUACGGAUACCUGUACUCGCAGGUUUUCUCUACCGACAUGUUCCACACCUUUUUCAAGCAGGAUCCCAUGGACGGCAAGGAGGGCCGCAGGUAUCGGAAGCUUGUUUUGGAAAAGGGCGGCAGCCAGGAGGAACUGGAUACGUUGAGGGGCUUUCUGGGUCGGGAGCCCAGCACCGAGGCUUUUUACAAAGAUUUGGGUCUUGCUUAG